AUGAUUAAUCUGUUUUUCGUUCUUUUUUUAUUCGUGAAAAUUCCACAUGAAUACAAAAUUUUAAUAAAAAUUGAAAUUUUUGCAGAAUUAUUGCACAAAAUAGAAGGACAUAUCGCUCGUGUUAAUGAUGUUUUUCUUUUAACCAAAGAAGAUGGCGUUAUUACGAUAAGUGAUGAUCGCUCGAUACGAAUUUGGCUAAAACGUGAUAAUGGGCAAUUUUGGCCAUCAGUGCAUCAUUAUAUGCCAUUUGCUCCAACUUCAAUGUGUUUCAAAGAGGAUAAAUUAAGGCUUUUUAUCGGACUUGUUAAUGGCAGUAUUUAUGAAUAUAUUGUGGCGGAUGAUAUGAACAGUUUAUCAGAAUCGAGACACAUUAGCGUUCAUACGAAUGUCGUUACAGCAAUUUAUUUAUCUCUUGAAUGUGAAUUACUUUUUAGCUGCAGUAAGGACAAAUCUCUUAUAUGGCAUUGUUCUCAGUCUUUUGUGAAAAUAGGAUAUUAUAAUGCGGAUUCGACUCUUACAGCUAUGGAAUUUGAUUCACCAUCAGGAUUUAUUUUUGUUGGUGAUUCAAGUGGUAAUAUUUUACUAUUACGAAUCAAUGGCUCGGACGCACAAUUAAUCAGUAAACUCUCGGCACAUACAGCUUCAAUAAAUGCAUUAUCAUGGGACGUCAAGCGCCAAUUAUUAUUUUCGGCUGGAGCAGAUUUUCUGGUUAUUACAUGGGAUAUUGGUGGGAAAAGAGGUCAAGCAUUCGAAAUGAACGCCCAUAAAUCGAAACUGACGUGCCUUUGUUAUGCUCAAAAUGCCUGUCGUUUAUUUUCGGCUGAUGAAAAUGGUACACUUGUUUGUUGGGAUAUGACUACUCAGCGUUUAGAAACACCGGAAUGGAAAUCUAGUGAUAAUUGUCAACUUUGUGAUUCUCCCUAUUUUUGGAAUCUGAAAGAAAUGUGGGCAAAGAAAGUGGUCGGUUCUCGACAGCACCACUGUCGAACAUGUGGUAGUGCUGUUUGUGCACAUUGUAGUAGUAACACAACGCGUUAUCCACCGAUGGGUUAUGAACUACCUGUUAGAAUCUGUAAUGCAUGUAAUUCAAGAAUGCAACAAUUCCCUGAUCAGUUCGACCUAACUCCAUUAGCGGUAUCGUGUGACUUGCGUCAUGGAAUAGUAUGUAUGCAUCUACAGGAACAAAUUGGUCUUUUAGUGACAGUUGGUGUCGAUCGAAUUAUGAUGAUAUGGAAUAUUCGUGGACUUGUUUGA